GACGAGCCGGAUGAGAUCAAGUUGCAUACCGUGGGAAGGCUGUAUGCCUCGUAUAGAUAUUUAAAUCGCACCGGUUUUCAGCUCUAUUUCCCAACUUGCAAGCUACAACAGUCAAUUUGACAAACUACCAACGUCCCCAAAACUCAACAACAACAACAGUACAUUCCGAGGCGAAUAAACUCUGCCAUCAUCAUGCCUUCCGAUUCAGCUGAGCGCGGCCAGUCGCCUCCCCCUUCGCGGUCCUCGGGCAAGCAGAUGCACGACGUUCCCGCAUCAGGAACCGGCACCGAUGACGCCUCGCACAAGAAGGAUGCCAACAAGGAUGCUCUAGAGAAGCUCUCAUCGAACCCUCGGGGUCCGUUGGAGGACGAGGUUGAUAAGAAGUUUGAGAAGCGGGUCAACACCUAAACCUCUUGCUUUGCCCGUCGGGAAGAGGAAGUGGGCUUUAUGAUUAAGUAGUCAAUGAAUAAUGUAUCUUAGAGAGAAUCACCCAAUUGAGGACUCAUGUCUCCAAGAGA